CAGGCAGUCCCCGGGGGCAGGCGCCCGCGCGCGGUGUUCGUGUGGGGCGGCCGGGACGCCGUCGAGCGGGUGCAGCGCGACAGCGAGGCGCUGGCCCGCGGCGAGGUGCACGCCGUGGGGCGCGGGGGCCCCGCGAGCCGCGAGGUGGAGCAGCUGCUGGCCGGGGCGCUGCCGGGCGACGUGGACGCCGCGGGCGCGAGGGCGGGCGCGGCAGAGGCGCAGCCCUGCCCCCCGCUGAUCGCGCAGGCCGCGGCGGCGCAGGUGUACGCCGUGAACGACGUCCUGCACGAGGGGCCCGCGCCGUCCUGGUACUGCCCCGCCGUCGCCAAGGUGGGCGUGAAGGCGAUCAAGGCGCAGAGCAUGCGCCGCGCCAACUUCCGAUCCCGCCCACGGUGAGCGGCCUGGGCGCGCCGCUGGCGCGAUACCCGUGGGAGGAGGAGGAGGAGCAGGAGCAG